AUGGGUAAAAUGUCAUAUGCUACUUGCUCCGUUCUUAUUCUUUUUAGUUUAUAUUUUGCUCAAACUAUUAAUGGCCAAACAUGUCAAGGUAAAUCUCAGUACGAUUCAUGUUCAUCAAACAGUGCAUGCGGGUGUUUACCAUUAUCAAUAUCGGAUGAUGUUUCUAUUUGUGCUGUUCUUGGUGUAAGUUGUUCACGAUUGCAGACAUGUCAAUCACCUGGCGAUGCUUGUGAACGAACUGAUCACGUGUGCGUGCGACAUCCAAGAUGUAAUUCGUUAACACCUGUUUGUUACCCACUAUCGAUGAUUGAUCAACGAUUAUGUCCACCAUCACCGUCAACACCAACGCCUUCUUUUACAGCAACAACAGGAUUUCCAUCAUGGAACACAACAGCCUAUCCAUUCUACAACUCAACUUCCUACCCGUUUUACAACUCAACAUCAUACCCAUUCUGGAAUUCAACUUCUUACCCAUUCUAUAAUUCAACCUCAUACCCAUUCUAUAAUUCAUCAUCUUAUCCAUUCUAUAACUCAACAUCAUACCCAUUCUGGAAUUCAACUUCCUACCCAUUCUAUAAUUCAACUUCCUACCCGUUUUAUAAUUCAUCAUCUUAUCCAUUCUACAACUCAACAUCAUACCCAUUCUACAAUUCAUCAUCGUAUCCAUUCUACAACUCAACAUCAUACCCAUUCUGGAACACGACAGCCUAUCCAUUCCAUAACUCAACAUCAUACCCGUUCUACAAUUCAUCAUCGUAUCCAUUCCAUAACUCAACAUCAUACCCGUUCUACAAUUCAUCAUCAUACCCAUUCUGGAACACAACAGCCUAUCCAUUCUAUAACUCAACAUCAUACCCGUUCUACAAUUCAUCAUCAUACCCAUUCUAUAACUCAACUUCCUACCCGUUUUACAACUCAACAGCCUAUCCAUUCCAUAAUUCAACAUCAUACCCGUUCUACAAUUCAUCAUCGUAUCCAUUCUACAACUCAACAUCAUACCCGUUCUGGAAUUCAACUUCCUACCCGUUUUACAACUCAACAUCAUACCCAUUCUACAAUUCAUCGUCAUACCCAUUCCAUAACUCAACAUCAUACCCAUUCUACAAUUCAUCGUCAUACCCAUUCCAUAACUCAACAUCAUACCCAUUCUACAAUUCAUCGUCAUACCCAUUCCAUAACUCAACAGCCAACUCAUUAUACAAUGGAACGGUGCCAACGUCAACAGCUGGAUAUGCGCCAGCCUCUGCCCAUUCGUAUUACACAAAUGCAUUAACUAUUUACAGUGGCGUAUAUCCCGGAACAGUUAAUAAAUAUUAUCAGGCAAUCAGCGUUGCUGUCAAAACACCUGGUCUAUACACUUUUAGCAGCAUGAGUUACAUGAAUACCGCAGCUGCACUUUACAAAGAUGGAUUCAACUCUUAUUAUCCAAGUUGGUACUUAGUUUCCUCGGUUAAUACAUUUGAUAGUAAUCAGCAAUUUAAACUAUCACACAAUUUGAAUGCGGGAGCGAUAUAUAUAUUAGUUGUUACAACGAUUUAUCAUGGUCAAAUUGGUCCAUUUACAGUCACUGCAUCGGGUCCAGAUUAUGUUCAAUUUUAUUAA